AUGUCCGUUUAUAUCGGCAAUUCCCGCGUUAUGAUUUAUUCCGAGGAUAACUCUUCCUCGCCGCACGCGGACUGGGUGGCGCUCCAGCAAUGGAUUAGUGGAGGAGAACAAACGUCGCUCGUGCACUCAUCGACCUCGUUGACAGCCUUUGGCUCACCACCGGAGGCGUUUACCAAGGCUUUCGACCAGUUCAACCAGAAUGUCGCCGAAUGCACUCACGACGCGGGUGUGGAGGUCGCGACUCUUGAAGAGGGACAAGACGAAGACGCCGACGCGGAAGGUGAAGAAGAUGACGGCGAGUACGUGACGAUGGCGGCCCUUGGCCUUCACGACGACGAAGCCGACGCGGAGGGCGACGAAGACGACGGCGAGUACAUGACAGUGGCGAGGUUUGGACCCGACAAGGACCGCGCGAUGCAGGGCGACGCGCAUGUUCUUUCGAAGACUCAUCCCAAGAUCGACGCUCACCCGACCAUUCUCUCGCGGGCCGAGGAAUCCUGCGUCGAGGCUAUGGCCUUCCAGAACCUCGACGCGCCAACCUCGAGCACGUCGAGCUUCGCUGACGUCGCUGUCAACAAUGGGAAUGGCGCCGGCGUCAACUUCGAGGCUUUCUCCCAGUGCGGGGCGCACGAUAACGAACACGCGGUGCCGCCAAGAGCAUUUUCUCGGGCUUCCGCGGACGCCUCUACGCUGUCCAUAUUUUCUCCGUGGACGAAGGAGGACCUUCAGCCAAUCCUGGAUAAUGAUAUUCUCUCAGCGUGGCGCGCAGACUUGGGCAAUUUCUAUCCAGAGCUCGCUCCCAGUGGCGACCCUGCCGAGUCAAUGUUCAUGGACGCUAUCAUGGAAGAGCACGAGGGCCUUCAAGGCAAUAUGCAGCUCGACGCCCGGCCGACCCUCGACGAGAUCAGCCAAGCGGUCGACAACGAUGGCCGGCCAUCGACGGCUUUCGUUGACACUGCCAUGCAUUCGGUCGCGUCGAGAUAUGGGCCUCUCCCUCAGCAAGUGUCCAACGACCAUCAUACGCCAAGGAGCGAUCUCGUCUACGUUGCUCGGGACAAUGUUGGUGCUCCGGUGUCCCUCGGAAGAGACGACAUGAGCACUCAAGGAACUACACCCGCCCAGGCGACAACAAAUACCCCUCAGGACGAGAGCGCUACAAUGAGCGCGAGCACGGCUCCUUCUGCCCAAGGAUCGUCGACCAACCUAUCUGCAGCACCAUCGAACGAACAGUCGAACAUGACGAUAGAACUCGAGGAUUAUGCUCCAGUACCCUCGACCUCAACGCCAGUCACCUUCACGUCUACUAUCGCGACGUACGACCUUCCCGCGUCCCUUUCGACAUCCGCGCCUGCGCCAGCAAAGCAUCGCGUGAUCACCGAAUGCGAGUACCUUGAAGCGAACGGCGAGAGAUGCGGUCACCCUUUCGGGGUCGACAUCAAUCAGAACCAGUCUAUGCGCGAAGUCGUCAAGGAGCACAUCCGCGAGGUGCACCUCAAGCCCGCCGUCGCUGCAAACCUGGGGCGGCCCCUCGACAAGAUCAAUCACAAUGAGGCCAAUCCGACGAGGAUCGAGUGCAGGCUGUUGCUGCCGACUGUGGUCAAUACCCCGUCUACGCGGAGACUGACGGGUGCGUGCGGUAAGGAGCUCAAGUACAAGUCAAUGCUGGGGCAUAUCGACAGACACUACGGAUAUCAAUCGGGGCCACGCAUGUGAAGAUAGUUCCGCGGGCCGCAGGCGAGGGAACUUCGACGAGGGAGUGUUUAGUAGUUGUAGGAUGAUAUGGAGUAGCUGAAGUCCCUUUGGAGCUUUCAAACAAUGUCUGC